AUGGAAAACAUAACAUAUGCAGAAGCAAAAAGAAAAGUAAAUAUAACCACUCCAAAACCUACUACGUCCUAUUCUGCUGCCGUCCAAAAGUCAUCAGAAAUGAACAUUCAGCAGAUCAUAUCAACAAUAAUUCCUCAUAUCGAAACUGCAGUUAGAAACGUAAUCUCAUGUUCUACAUCUAAGUGCGACCAUUUUAAAGCCCCAUCAUCAGGGCUAAUCUUCCGUAGAGAUAGAUCUGAUUCUGUCUCUACAAAUUUAUCGGCAGCGUCCGAAAAAAGAAAAAAACCAGGGGACUCCACUACAGAUGAUGAUUCAUCUGCUCUGGACCCCAACUCAAAUCCAACAAAAAACGGGGCAGGCCUAAAAGGACUGCCCCAAAAAUCUUUCGACCCUGAGGCAAAGAUAACCCCAAUGCAGGAUCUGGUUCGCCAAUGGAAAGCCAAACCACUACAUGGUCGGUAUAGGAGCCGCAUAGAAGACAACGCCAUUGACACGAAGGCUUCCCAAGGAUGGUUGCAGUCAGGUAAUCUGUUCCUGGAGACGGAGGGCUUCAUAGCCUCCAUCCAGGAUCAGGUAGUCCCAACAAAGUGUACCGAAAGCGUAUAA